AUGCAUUUUCCAGCAGGUCUUCCUGUUACUAUCAUGACUCUCGCCCUCGCGCUCCCUAUGGUUGCUGCGUCCAACGUGACGGACACCAGCAGCUCCCGGAGGCACUUGUCGAGCGUUAUCUUUCAGGUCUUAGAGUCUAUCAGGCUCCAAGACCCAGAUAUCCUACCACUAGCCACUAUUUACAAAGCAACCGAGAACUCUCAUCCUUCUUCACCUGCCAUGAUGACAGCGUGGCGAACUAUCACCGAGGUUGAAGCGCCUGCCAUGCUUGCGAUCGACACCGUGCAGAAUUCAGUGUACUUUAUCUCAGCCAUCAGUGAAGGAAGUAGAUCCAGAUCAAUUCUCCGCGGUCGAAUCCAAGUGGUUGAUUGGCUUAUUACUGAGCUGGAGCUAUUUAUCAACCGCUCCCGUGGUGACGACGGCUUCGCUUUCUCAGUCGAGGAGCUCUAUGCCAACUAUCAGACACUCAUGUCACUACCAGCCGGACAGAAAAAAAGCAAAUCGAGAAACAUUAGAGGCUCUGGGAAAGGCGCUUUCACCGAAGUAGGAUGGAAGGUUUUCGAUACUGGGACCUAUGGGAACGGCUCCACCAACCCGCUUGGGUGUAGUUGGGACUCAACAAGGCCAUAUGAUCCAGAUGCAAGAGCCAAUCUUGUUAUCGAUGAGGAGUUAGGAUUCGUCGUUUCUAGCGGCAUGGUCCAGGGCAAAGUCUAUCCGUACUACGGUAAUAUUUCUACCUUUAUCCCUGAUUCCAUGCACACGCAGCAGGACGCCCAGGAGGUCUGGAUAAAUACAGUAAAGGGACAAAGGAACGUAUCCCUGUUGUCCCCUACUGAAGCUACCGGUGAAAACAUGGAGGUUGUUCAGUACUACAACGAUGAGCUUCAGGCCCUUCAGUUGAAUGUCUUUCUUACCGGUCCGAAUAUGACGUCCGCUUGGUUAUGA